CACACUCUCGCGGGCUUUGUUUUGACAUGGCGGCAGCCUUCGAAACUUUUGUCUGUCAUGGCUUUACUACGCAGGCUUUUACUUCAGUAACAUCGCUUUUCUCCCUCGUUACAGAUUAGCCAGCCCUGCCUGAGACGGCGCGGUCAACAUGUCAUCUCCAGACGGGCUCCGCUACUCUCAGGCAGAGUUCCUGGCCCGGUGGAUGCCGAGCAGCAACAGAGCCGGCGUGAUCCUCAGCCCCAGCACGGAUUUGGUCGCGUCCCUGCGGCACGUCUCCUCUGCGGGAUCAUCAUCAUCGUCGCCCGCAAAGCCGGACAACUCCUUCUCCUCAGACUUCGCCCCUCUACCCGCCUCCGCCGACAGCAGCUGCCUCACUGUGGAUGGAUUUGCUGCCCACUCGUCCGGAGGAGAGAGGGCUGGAAGUGACAGCCCAGUGGCCGCUCUCUGCCCAGUGUCUGGAAGCACACCUGCACACAUGGACAGUCUGGAUGAGAUGGCAGGCAGCUCACAGGAUGCAUCUCUAAUGAUGAAGCUAGAAGAGUUGAGGAAGUGGCAGCAGCACAUGCAGGAGCAGCUGAAGGCUCAUCAGCUGGAGGAGCUGCUGUUGCUGCAGGAGGAGCAGCAGAGGCUGCUGGGGAUGAUGAAUGGAUCCGAGGACUGCACAGCAGAUGACUCGGAGUGUUUCGUGCUCUCACCGACAACAAGGCGUGAAGGUCCACCAAGAAGUCAAACUCACAUGGAGGAGGACAACGAUCACGAGGACACGUGGAACUCCGCUGAUCACGAGGAUGUUUUUCAGGAGCAUGACGACACAUUAGUAUCAAGUUACAGUGACAAUAUGACUGAAAACCGGGGUAGAAAAGAAGAUGCAGUCUUACAGGACAGACCUAUUAAGCCAGGCAUUGGAGGUCAUAAGCAGACGUUUGAGGAGUUACUGGAGGAGCAGUUGAGGCUGGAGGAGCAGAGGCUGAAGUCUGCACGGCAACAGCAGAGCGGGGAUGUAGCUGAAGCUGCUGUACAAGCCCCGCCCAGGAGACCCUUUCUGAAGCGAGGCGAGGGGCUUUCCCGAUUUACCAACAAUCGCAAAGCACCUUUACGGAAAAAGGAGGUGAAGACGGACUCCAGACCACAACAAGCCCAGGUCAGAGUGAUGUCCCGCAGCAACUCAGAGCCUACGGCUAUCCAGAGAGGGAGCACAAACGGUGUCCAGAGGCUUCCUGUGCAGCGCAAAACCGCCAUACUGAACAAAGAGAACCGACUGAAAGGCUUGAUUUCACCACCUCAGCUCAUCAGAGCUGACGGUAAGACGGCGCGGACAGUUUUGGGGAGUUAUCAGCGACUGAAUACAGAAGGAGCAGAGUUGAGACUAAGUAAACAGCAGAAUACCAGGACUGCGGGUUUGUCUGCUCAGACUGCGAGGAAGCCCGGGCCUCACAACACGCUGCCAAACCCUGUGACCAAACAGGUGGGCGUGUUAGGAGCUGAACAUUACAGUUCUCCUAAAGAGAGGGGCAUGGAAUCAGCAGAAGACAGGACGACGAUGUCAGAAGAAGAAGGAGGAGGAGAUAAAGUUCCAGUCCACUCGUUUGAGUUGUCGUUCCAGGAGAAGUUCCAGAGCUGGGAAAGUGACCGGCAGCUGGAAAACUUGGAGCUGGGAGAGUUUGAGCUUCUGGAGCAGGCAGCUGAUGAGCUGUCCUUCUCCUCCAACUCCUCGUUUGUCAUGAAGGUUCUUCAGAUGGACCAACACCACCGGCAGCUGCAGGUCGCUCAGGGUCUCCACCAGCGACGACUAUCCUCCACCCCCAUCAAGUCGCCUGCUAGAGGAGAACUCCAGAGGAGCUGCAGCAGCGACGGUUUACCACGUAAAAGCUCGUCUGUGAACUCUGAAGCUUUUGCCGUGAAGGAAACAGACGUUUCAGUGAAGAACCAAAGGAGGAGCAUUGAGGAAAAAGAGGAACAGGACAAACACGAGGACUCAGCUUCAUCCUGCAGUGGCUCUGAAUCUGAAGACCAGGAAGAAGUCAUGGUCAAAGCAUCUUUGUGUCCCAGCAACUUUUCCUUUCCCACACAGUCUCACCGGCCGUAUGACAAGUGGUCCUAUCAGGACGAGGACAGCCGCAGAGCAUCGGACGGGACACAAGGUGGCGACGAGGAGAGUCACGGCAACGCCGACGAGUCCACGCUGAUCGAGGACAAAGACGCACAACGAGGUCGAGUUGUGUUCGACGACGACGAUACGUGGAAUGACGUUGACGAGAUUUCGGUCCAGCUGGACGACGACAGCGGGAGAAACAGUCCCGUCUCCAAGGCAACGGCCGCCAGCGUCUCACCACCGAUGCAGAUUUUGUUGAGGAAGGUGGCAGCGAGUAAAGUUGUAACGCUGGACACAGAAAUGUCAACCAAUCAGGAGCCAGAUCCUCCUCCUCUUCCUCCUGCCUCCCAACUCAUGACAAAGCUGUUCCCCUCGCUGAAGCCAAAGACCCAGAGUGCACCUCUUCCUCCUCCUGCUGCCACUUCGGUUGCUCCUGAGUCCAAGAAACCUGCAGAGGAGACAAGUCAGCAGCUCCAGUCGAGGCAGUUGAGGGAGAGACUGGUUGAGCUGGAGAUUGAGAUCGAGAGAUUCCAGAAGGAGAACCUCGCCCUCGCCAAACUCAAACAGGAGAACGAGAAGAACCAGGAGAACCUCAGGAAGGAGCGUUUGGAGUUUGAGCGGACGAAAGCAGAGGAGUCGGCCAAGUUUGAGGAAUACAAGAAAGAGGAAAACAAGAAGCUGCAGAGGGAACGCAAACUGUUCGAGAAGCACGUGUUGGCCGCCAGAGCCAUUCCUGACAAGAAGGAGAGAGAGGAAAUCCAGGUGUUGAAGCAGCAGCUGAACUCCCUGCAGGAGGAGCUGAGGAGGAAGGAGAGUCGCUGGGCGUCGUCACACAGCAGACAGAGACAGCACAUCGACUCCCUCAGUGAAGAGAACAGUUCACUCAGAGACGAGAUCCGCAUGUUGGAGAAGCUCCGCCUCAGCUCCUUGAAGAAAACCCCAGUGAGUGCAGAGAAGGACAAAGAAACUAAGGACGGUCCAAGAAUGUUCCCCAACAAUCUGUCCACCGUCACCAAAGGAGUGAAAUUUGCCAGUCCCCUGGACUCCAGAGGAAGCAGCAGCUGCAGUAGCAGCAGUCCUCCACAGGGCGGCGCUGCAGCAGCAGCCUAUAGAAGGAGCUCAUCAGAGAUCGGUCAAGGAGUCGCAGCAGGGAUGAAGAGCAGCCUGAGACGACCAUCAGGAGCAGGCACUCCAUCUUCAUCAUCUUCCUCCUCACUACCUGUCAGGAGAACAGAGGAGCAAUCAACAGCCGGCAACAGGAGUCAGGACAAACCACCAAACCACAAACAAUCAGAAAACUGCUCACCGAACAGAGAUUCUGUGUCGACAGAGUUAGAGAGCAGAGAAGCCCAAGAGGCAGAGACGACUCAGGAAGUCAUCACACAUCCUGACGGGAAGAUUGAGAAGGUUCUGGUUGGCGGAGAUCGCGUCAUCCUUUUCCCCAACGGGACCAGGAAGGAGGUGUCGGCAGACGAACUGACAGUCAAAGUGACGUUCUUCAACGGAGACACCAAGCAGAUCACGGCCGACCAGAGAGUGAUCUACUUCUACUCUGAAGCUCAGACGACUCACAUCACCUUCCCUGAUGGGAUGGAGGUCCUGCACUUCCCCAACAACCAGACAGAAAAACACUUUCCUGACGGUCGUAAGGAAAUCACCUUCCCGGACCAGAUGGUGAAGAACCUGUUUCCAGACGGCAGAGAGGAGAGCGUGUUAACAGAUGGCACCAUCAUCCAGGUCAACCCCGACGGCACCAAGGAGAUCCACUUCAACACGGGUCAGAGGGAGAUCCACACGGCCGACUACAAGAGGAGGGAGUAUCCCGACGGCACCGUGAAGACCGUUUACAGUGACGGCAGGCAGGAGACCCACUACCCCACCGGGCGCGUCAGGAUCAAGGACAAAGACGGCAACGUCCUCAUGGACAAAAGAGCGUAGAGGACGCUCAGAGGGCACUUCAUAUCUGUGUGGUCAGCUCUUCUUUCUUUCAGGAAAUUCAAAAAUCCUGUCGCGGUUUUAAGUUUGAGGAAGUUGAAAUCUUCCCUUGAAAAUGUUUUAAUUAUUUAAGUAUUAUUUUAAAACUUGAACAUAAUAUUUUAACAGUAACUGGGACUGACGUGGACUCACUGUUUACAUUUAUUUCCACUAAAGGCUUGAAACUGAACUGCAUGAAUGUGACAUGUGAACCCUUUUUAAUUUGUAAAAAUGUGAAAUAGCUAUUUAUUUUUUACCUAGAU